GAGAGAGAGUUUGAUGAGAUAGAAAGCUACCUUCCUUCGUUCUCCAUCUCCAACCUCAUUUCAUAACACUCUUCUAAUUUCUUCCUUCUUCUUUUUAAUUAAAUAUUUUAGCUCAUAUAUUACAUAAUUAAAUGGGUCGUUUCUGGACUCUUCUAACCUAUCUUCAUGCCAUGGCUGGGCCGGCAGCGAUGCUUCUAUAUCCACUGUAUGCAUCAGUGGUGGCGAUAGAGAGCACGUCGAAGGUGGAUGACGAACAGUGGUUAGCUUAUUGGAUCAUAUAUUCGUUCCUCACUCUGCUGGAGAUGCUUCUUCAACCCCUCCUCGAAUGGAUACCAAUAUGGUACGACGUGAAGCUAGCGAUGGUGGCGUGGUUGGUGCUGCCCCAAUUCCGAGGGGCGGCAUUUAUAUACGAGAAAUUUGUGAGGGAGAAGCUCAUUAAAAGACACACGGCGCUACCAAACGGGAAAGGAAAAACCACGGCCAAAUCUGUUCAUUUUCUUACAUCCAAUAAGCAUGGAGAGGGGGAGAGAGAGCUUUAGGCUUACUAAUAUAAUGAGGAUUGAAGACACCGUUGAAGAAACAGUUUCUUGUAAAUUAAUUAAUAUUAUUUUAAUGAAGUUUCAUUUUCUUUUUCUGUU